CCCACCGAAUAAAUCGAGCAAUCUCAAAGAAAAAAAAAGGAGGUUUUGGGAAGGUUUUAGUUGUGCGUGCUGUAUGCAGCCUACAGUGAGCAAGAUUAGAGCCCCGAUCUCCUCGGUCAGGGGUUCAUUUCUCAUCACCCGUUCCAGAUUUUCAAGGACCAAUAUAAAUGUGGACGAUGGCGGAUUCAGCAAUAAUAAUCAUAACAAUGGCAUUACUCCUCGGCAUUGUGGUCUCAAGGCGCUCAAGGUGCAUUGCUCUGCGGACAAUGGGGUCCAGAAAACAUUGGAUAAUCUGGCCAAGAUGUACGGGAAUUCCAAUUCCAACUCCAAGCCUGUGGAGAAGAUCAUGCAUCAGAAUUACGCAGUUGGGUCUCCGAAGCAGAGCCUGGGGUCCAAAUGGCGUGAGUAUCAAGGAUCCGGCAAUUGGGAAGGCUUGCUGGAUCCGCUGGACGAGAAUCUCAGGCGAGAGAUUGUGAAAUACGGGGAAUUCGUCCAGGCAGCAUACAGUGCCUUCGAAUUCGAUCCAGAGUCGGAAAAUUAUGCCGGUUGCAAACACCCCAAGUCGACACUCCUCGACGAUGUGGGGCUCGGAGAAGCAGGCUACGAGGUGACCGAAUGCAUCCAUACAACGUCCUCCAUUAGAGUACCCAAAUGGCUCACGGACCGAUUUUCCGGCGACUGGAUGGCAAAACAGACAGCUUUCAUGGGUUUCGUGGCGGUCUGCACAGAUGAAAAAGAGUUAUCUAGGAUUGGCCGGAGAGACAUCGUGGUGGGCUUCAGGGGCACUGUAACGCCGCUGGAAUGGGGGGAAAAUCUCAAGGAUGUCUUAACCCCGCUAAACACAGGUAACAAAAAGAGUCUCGUGGCUUGCUGUCAGCCCAAGGUGGAGAGUGGCUUCUGGAGUCUAUUCAACACCAUGGGUCCGUCUGGGAAGAGCGCAUGCGACCAGGUGCUUGACGAGAUCCGUCGGCUGGUUAAACUAUACAAGGGCCAGGAUAUCAGCAUAACAAUUACCGGUCACAGCUUAGGAGCUGCGUUGUCUCUGUUAACCGCGUACCACAUUGGCGAGGAGCUAAGGAAGGAAAACGGGGCUCAGAUUCCAUUGACGGUCUUUUCCUUCGGCGGUCCUCGUGUCGGGAACCGCGCAUUCGGGCGGCGGAUGGAGGAGCUCGGGGUUAAAGUUCUCCGGAUCGUCAACACCCACGAUGUUAUUACAAAAGUUCCCGGUGUUGUCUUGAACGAGACGUGGAUGCAGAAAAUGAAAUCUGGGAACCAGUGUAAGAUUGCGGGGUUCUUGGAAAUGAUGCCCUGGGCUUACUGUCACGUCGGGACGGAGCUUCGCGUGAACAACAAGCAUUCUCCGUAUUUAAAGCCCGACGCGGAUAUGGCCUGCUGUCAUGAUCUCGAAGCUUACCUUCACCUUGUUGAUGGCUUCCUCAGCUCUUCCAUUCCCUUCAGAUCCACGGCUAAAAGAGACCUGCUACGUCUUUUGACGAACCAGAAGUCUAACGUGCUCCAAAAGCCUAACUUGAGGAAGGAAAUCAGCUGGCAAUGAUAAUGUCUAUAUAUCUUUCCUUUCUUUAGGCUUCAGGAAACAGUCACCCCUUGCGUCCGAUAAAUGAUUUAACAUGAUCGAUGAUGCUGGUGUGAUGCGCCCUCCCCCUCCAAUACAAUGCAGACUGGUGUGAUGCACCCUCCAAUACAAUGCAGACUGGACGGAGACCGGACCUCGUGACCUAUGUCUACCAGGGAGAGCUCUAACUCUCUUCUCUCUAUAUCUGCUCAUACUGUAUAUAUAAGUAUAUAUACAUAUUCCGAAUGUGAAUUUAUACAUAUUCUGACAAUAUGAAUGUGGUACAUAGAAAUUGAACAAACCUCAAAUUCCAAUUCCAUUUCCCCGCUUCCAACUAAAGAGUUGGGCAAAUACAGAGCCAGCUAAAGUCUGGCUUUAUUACGGUGAUUGUACAGAAUUAUUCACCAG